AAUUGACCUCAAUUAUCUCAUCGAUCUUGUGAUCUGUCAAGUUCCUAAAAUUCUCCGACUUUUGAGCUUUAAAAGAGUGGUUAUAUUAAUGUUUGGUGAUCAUUAUUAAAAGAAAAGAAAUCUUUAAAAGUGGUGACCAUGACAACAAAGAAACCAACUAAGCUUCAUAUAGGACAAUCCGAAUUACUGUGUAAGAAUGGGUGUGGCUUCUACGGAAACCAGCAUUGGCAGGGCUACUGUUCUAUUUGCUACAGACAAGAGUGUCAGAAAGAGAAGAAAGCUCAGCAGCAGCAAGAAUCCUUGAAACAGAAAGUGUCACCAGAUGGCACGGACAGAGCACCACUGUUUUCAAAAUUUGCUGAAAAGAAGACUCAACAUAUCCACAAAAGAGCCAAUACUCUCAAAUCAGUUUUCAGAAAGACACCAACUAAAGAAUCAGUCCCGGAGAUGAGACCUCGUAAUGCUAACAUCGACCGAGAGACGGAGCAGGUGAAAGAAGAGCUGAAGAAAUUCAUUAAAAGAUUUAGUAGACAGAUUGAAGAUGACUUUCUAAAGACGGUUCAGGUGCUGGUUGACAAGCUGUACCGGAAUGUAGAUGCACCAGUGGACGACCUUACCGAUCUGGUUCAAGAAUUUUAUAUAAAGCUUGGAAAACGUAUGGAUACACAUUCACUGUAUAAAGACGUGUCUCAAGAGGACAUAGAAACUCUACUAGAUUUCGCAGAGAAAUACAUAACAAUCAAAAUGUACACGUGGCUGUUCUGUCCGGGAACGACCGACGACGAACAGAAAGACCUACAAGUUCAGACUCAGAUACGAAGUCUUCACUGGGUCACAGGUCAACAGCUUGAUACGAUGAUCAAUGAGCACGAAUCAGAAGUCAGAACUCUAGUCGAUUUAGCUAUCACAGAAAUAAUUGAGGUGAACUCAACGAAAGCCCCUCAAGACAAGUUGGCGUGUAUAGUAAGAUGUAGUAAACAUAUAUUUCAAAUCAUUCGUCAGUCAAAAGAAGGCCCGGCGUGUGCCGACGAUUUUCUACCUGCUCUAAUAUAUAUUGUGUUGAAAGCCAACCCGCCACUGUUACAGUCUAAUAUACAGUUUAUCACAAGGUUUUCAUGUCCAAGUCGACUUAUGAAGGGAGAGGCAGGUUACAUCUUCACAAACUUGUGUUGUGCUGUUCAAUUUAUUGAGAACAUAACAGCUGACUCAUUGGCUCUGACACAGCACGAGUUUGACCGGUACAUGUCCGGUGAGGCGAUCCCGCCACAAUCCGGGAACGAGUACAUGUGCGAGGGUUUACGUUUGAUGUAUGACAAUCUUAAAACAUUAGCCGAGUUACGUACACGUCAAGAAAAAGUUAUGGCCGAGGCUUUACAACUUCAACAGGAAAUGAAAGACUUUAAAGAAAACUUUAAACAGGAAGUUGAAAAUGUGCUGAAACGUACGCCUCUUACAAUUAAACCGAGAAAAGUUAAAGUUGAUUUAGACGAAGAUUCAGAAAGUCUGGACCUUUUACCAUCACCCCUGUUACCCUUAUCAGUUGAUAAUGUUGCCAUGGAAACUAGAAAUGAAUCGGAGACAGACUGUGUCAUGGAAGCUGAUACAAGUACAAGUGAACCAGUCGAGGCUACUUGAAAAGCUAUUUUUAGAUUUCUAAUAAAUUUUUUUUGGCAUUUGGCCAGUUUUGAGAAAAUGGCACAAUAAUAUUGGAUGGACCAAUCCUUAAAGAGGUUUUCACUUAAACUGUUUGGUUUUAUCAUGUAUUUGGGGAGGUGCAGUAUUAGAACUUGAUUAUUGUUGACUCAUAAAAUUGUGCAAUGUUUACUUUAUUAUUGUUUGCAUUUUUGAAUAAAUACAACUUUAUGAUUAAUUUUUAACUCUUACUAUUACAAGAUUAUGCUUGGUGAUUUCUUAUUUUGAAUUACAUAAGCUUAGAUCUUUUGCUUUAUUUCUUAACCACUCUUCAAAUAGCUUUAAAUAUACUCAGUCACUUUGCCAAUAUAUCUAAAUUAUACACUAUGGAAUUGAAUGUAAGAAAUUAUUAAUAUUCUCUCAAAAUGGUUAGUAUUUGACACAAAGGUAUUUUUUCAAAAUUAUUUCCUUUAAAAAAUCAAAAUAGAUUUUUCUCUUAUUCCAUCCCAUUUCAUGAAAAAUUAUAGUGAUGGAUUUACAGUGAGUGAUAUACUGUGGAUUAUAUAGAUUAUAUCCCUCUGAUGAAGCACUGUAUUUCAUUAAAUACAAUGUGGAGAAAACCAUGUUUCAGAGUGAACAUAUACAAUGGAAAGAUAACACUUUUGUUCAUAAGUUUGUCAUUAUUUAACAAGAUUUUGAAAGUUGAUAUCAAUAAAUUUUUAUUCUCUUGAAAAAGUAAACAAGUUUUCUUUUAACUCAUCACAUAAAUAAAUACUCAUUUACGAUAAAAAGACUUUCUCAAAUGUAACCAAUUCUACUUCAAGUACAGCAAUUGUUUAAAAAUAUUUUUUUUACAAUAAAUCUGUACCAAGACAGUUUCAGUUAUUUGAAAACACACUGAUUCAAAAAAAUCAUGUUGAAUGUGCAAGACUUCAAAAAUAUGUUGGAAUGUGCUAUGUUAAAAUAACGAUGCACAAAAUUAUCCACAAAACUUAAAUCUUUAUUUUUUGUUGAUACUUUGUUUGUAUUGAAUUAUAUAGGUUUUUGGAUUUUAGGAUUAACUAUGGAGAAGUGGUGAAAUUUAGUGUUUUUACAAAAUUACAAAAUAUUCUUAUAGCGGAAUUAUAUUUGGCUCACAAUGUAUAUAUUUAGUGCUCAUAAUGAAAACUUGAAAAACAUUUUAUAUCUUGAUAUGAGAUACAAAAUCAUUCCAUUAUUUAUUGUGUAUAGAUACUUCCAUUUAUUAUUAACAGUUAAGUUGUAGUGAUAAAUUAUAUUGUAACCUGGUUUGUGUGUGCGCGUGUGCGUGUGUGAGUCAAACACAAACUGGAACAUGCAAUCCCUCUUGUGCUUCACAAUUUCCUCAUCUUUACUUAUUAAAGGCCUCCUUGCUUUAGAGGUUAUGGUCUUUGAUUUAUAAUCACAUGUACCUUGCCGCUGUGGGUUCGAAUCUCAUUGUAGGCUUUGGAUUUAGGUUAGUAAACUAUACAGCUUGCUUACGAAAGGUUGGUGGUUUCAUAAAAUUCUAACGGAUGCCUGAAAUAAUGCAUAAAUGUGCUCCUGAGGGUUUCCACCACAAAAAAGAGCUUAAAAGUUGCCAUAUGACCUUAAAAGGGAUGGUUAUGACUUGAUAUUCAACUAUUAAAUACUGAAAAAUGAAAUUUAAAAUCAAAACCAAGUUGUCUUUGAUGCAAGUUCCCAUAAAAUUACGGAAUUGUCAAAGGAAAUUUCAACAAAUGGCAUUACAGCUUCUAGUUAUAGUAAUAAUUUAAUGGUUGAUAGUCAAGUAGCUUAUUGCAUGAUAUAGAAAUUAUAUCUUCAUUGUUGAUUAGAACAAUGCUUUUUUGCCUGUGGGGAUUUUGAUGUACAGUAAAACCUCGACAUAACAAUACCCAUUCAGAGAGAAAGAUUUUAGUGGUUGUUGAGAGAUAUUGUUCUAGAGAGGUUAGAUUUAUUGUGAGUUCUAUCUUUUGGAAGAAGUGAUACAGUAGUUACUGAGAGGUAAUUGCUCUCUGUAGAUGGCUGGUCUGGAGAGGUAAUUGGUCUACAAGUGGCUGCUCUGUAGGGGUUGAACUAUAUAUUUUCAGUGUAUAAACAUUGCUUUGUAAAUAUGAUGCUUUACAAUUUAAAGAUAAUGCAUAAUAUGCUUGUUCCAUUCCCUGUAAUAGUAUAGUUUUUAGACAGAAAUAACCAUAUUUCUUAAAGAAUCAUUCCAUAUAUUAUUAUAUGUACUAUAGAAUUAUAUUUUUUCAUCAAAACUAGCAUUGAACAAAUUGCCACACAAAAAAAUAGAUUUUUUUUUUCAUGAAAAAUGAAUGAUGAUGAAUUGAAAUUUUUCAGUCAUUUUUGAAUUAGAAAGUAAAAUAUAUAUUGGCCUUCAAUUCGACUGUACAUAACUGUACAGGCCAGCUGGAAACAUUACUGGUAAUCCUAAACCAACCAAGCCACCAUUGCAGUCAGCACAUUUGAUCAUAAACUGCAACUUUUCCCUAUUUAUUAAGAAAAAGAUUUUGAAAAUUAUAAUUAUUUUCACUGUUUAUUUUUUUUUUUUAAAUCCUAAAUGAUUACCGGUAAUUGAAAGAUGGACAAGUCCAUAUAAGAUAUUUAGCAUUGUUAGAGUUAAUAAUUAUUCAAUUCUGAAAUGUUGAAAAAGAAUUUGCUUUAAAGUUCUGCAUACUUGUAAUGUCAAAUCUUGACAUUAUAUUAUCUAUAUACAUUCACAGCUGUUGCAAAUUUAUAAAUUGUUUUCUAAUUAAAUCAAAGAAAGCUGAUUUGUAGUAUUAAUUACUUUUGACAGGUUUUAUGGCCGUGAUAGAACCAUUGAUUUUUGCUAGUAAAACUUGCCUUGUUUUUGUUCAGGUUAUAUAAGUGUACAAUCAUUUUGUCUGGGUCAUAUAACUUGUCAAAAGUUUUUUUUAAUAUAAAACCAGUAAUACAAUAUAUGUGCAUAUACAUAUGUAUAUGUUAUGGAAUGUAUCUUUAAGAUGUUUUGCAUAUACAUUUAAUAAAACCAAAUGUUAUGGAAUGGAUCUUUAAGAGAUGUUUGGAAAUGUGCACUUAAAUAUAAUGUUAAAUUAAUUUUAUGAUGUAUUUAUAUUUCUUAUACAGGGUUUUAUUAAAUUGAAUACCAGACAAAUGUAAAUAUUAAAUAUAACUAUUCCUUCUUGAAUGGGAGGUGAAUAGCCUUUAUACCAGAAUAAAGUGUCAAUAAUGUUGGCUGACCUAAGUUCAAUUUUCCAUCUUGAGAUACCCAAAUUUAAUAAUGGACAAUUCCAUAAAUAGAAGCUGGACAAGUCCUAUUAUGAAAAUUUAGUAGGUUAAGGGUUAAAGGUUGAAAGCUUGUAUAAUUAUGUAUCUGAUAAUCUGGUUGUUUGUGUAUAUGUAUUUAUUAAUGGCCGAAAACUUGUGUAUACUUGUUGUUUUGUGUUUUAUAAUUGUUAAGUAUUAAUUUAUACAUUAAAACAUUCAAAAUGUAA